UGACAUACGGUGGAGCGCGGAAAACAAAAUAACUUAUGAUAUUAAAGAUUCCUGUCAGAAACAGUUCCAUGCGAGAGAACAUGAAACUGAUGAAAGCUCGUCGGAAGAAAGCAAAGAAUGACGAGAAGCUCCGCAAAAGAAUCAUAACAUUUUUAGCAUCUUACAACGCAUAUGACCAGCAUCUUACGUCGACGUUGGACAGCCGAAGUUUACGGGCGGGCGUGCAGGUGGCGUUGCUGCUGGGCGGAACUGUCAUCAGUCCGAAGGAGGUGUACGUGCUUCACUUCCCGAGCGCCGAAUCUGGCUUUGACGAACAUCCGGGCAGGCUCCAGCACCGGAGAGGCGCGGUGCAACUGUUCAGGACGCUGGUGACGUCAUCGCCGCUGCUAGAGCUAACGUCACGCCAGCUGGCGCCAACUAACCUGCACGUGCUGGUGCACCGUCGGCCGGGCGACGGUGGCGGCGGCGGGACCGCAACGCCGCUGCUGCCGCGCCCUGGGCAUGCCUUCCGACGUGGCACCGUUAUCCACAUCCGGCUGGAGCAUGUCUCCGACUUCGAGUGA